AAUCCAACCUUAGACUGCAAAUUGCAGCCACACUGUUUUACAUUCAUACAAAUUAAAAUAAAAUUUAUUUUAAAUGUACAAUUUUUGGCUAAUAGUAAUAAAUUAACAUGCUUUAAGCGUCGCAGCAAAUAAAACACGAAUACGCGGAGUGCUAAAUUAAGAAGUGAACGUUAACAAAACAACACCCAACGCAUAACAUAAGUGACAAAUUGUAUAUGGUUGUGGAAUUUGUGUAUAUAACAGAACAGUAUAUGUUAAAAUAUAAAUUAUCAGUUCAAGUUGCACAAAAAUGCACUGCUAAUUUGUUGGGCUUAGAAAUUUGGCUUUAGAACGUACAAAGCGUAUCAGCGUUGAAAGAAAAUUGCAUACAAUACACACACACACGCACACAGUUGUACAUUUGACGGAAGAGGAAAAAUUGCAUUGGCGACUGAAACGCAACAAUUGAACGCAACUGGAAUGCGUGCCGCCAUUCCGCCCGGCGUACGUGUUGUACGCGGUCCAAAUUGGAUAUGGUCGAAUCAAGACGACGGAGAAGGUCACGUUGGCACCGUUUGCGAAAUAGGACGCUGCGGAUCGACACAUUCACCGGAGAAUACGGUUGUGGUCAAUUGGGAUUCCGGCCAUCGCACCAACUACAGAGUGGGCUAUCAAAAUCAAUACGAUCUAAUUAUUGUGGACAACGCACAAGUGGGUGUUCGUCAUUCAAAUGUGGUUUGUGAUGGCUGCGCGAAGGCGGGCAUAGCCGGCAUUGUGUUCAAGUGCGCCCAGUGCACCAAUUACCAUUUGUGCGCCUACUGCUACGGCGGUAAUCUGCACAAUUUGGAGCAUCCGUUUGUGCGUUACACCACGCCCACAUCGUUGGGCGUACGCGUGCCGCCGCGCAAGGGAUCGCAGCGCAUACAGCUGCGCGGCAUCUUUGUGGGCUCGAAGGUUGUGCGCGGUCCGGACUGGGAGUGGAACGACCAGGACGGCGGUGAGGGCAAAACGGGGCGUGUUAUGGAAAUACGCGGCUGGGACAACGAAUCGUGUCGCAGUGUCGCCAACGUCUCCUGGGUAACCGGUUCAACGAACGUCUAUCGUCUGGGCCACAAGGGCAACGUGGAUCUAAAAUAUAUAGCAGCUACUUGCGGCGGACAGUACUAUAAGGAUCAUAUGCCGGUGCUGGGCCAGCCCGAGGAGCAGCAACCAAUCGUGGCCAUGGUGAAGCCAAGCUUCUCGGUGGGCGAUCGUGUCAAGGUCUGCCUCGAGGUGGAUGCACUGAUGAAGUUACAGCAGGGUCAUGGUGGCUGGAAUCCGCGCAUGGUUGAACACCUGGCCAAACUGGGCACAGUACAUCGCAUCACCGAAAAGGGAGAUAUACGCGUUCAAUACGAAAACUGCCCCAAUCGCUGGACUUUUCAUCCCGCCGCACUCGUCAAGGUUGUCUCGUUCCGUGUGGGCGAUUUGGUGACAAUUAUAAGCGAUGCACAAAAAGUACAGCAGCUGCAGAAGGGGCAUGGCGAAUGGAUUGAUAUCAUGCGUUAUGCUCUGGGCAAGCUGUGUAAAGUGGUCAAGGUGUAUUCGGAUGGAGAUCUGCGCAUACAGCAGCUGGACGAUGGCUUCGAGUGGACAUUGAAUCCGAAAUGUGUGAAGCUGGAGCGUUCACCAUUGGCGACGGCAGCCGAACGUUCCAAUAGCAUGAUGGACUUGAGUCAUCGCCGUACGGAUCAUGUGAUGACACCGCUAUCUGGUCUCUCCGGCAGCUCGGUGGCCGAUAAGUUGGUGCGCGAAGCGGCCCAGGGACAUUUGGACUUUGUGAAGCAAUAUCUGGAUGUGAAUCCUAGUCAGGUGGAUGUGAUGAGUGGCGGCAAGGCAUGCAUACAGGUUGCCUCACAUCAGGGAUUCGUCGAGCUGGUCAACUACCUCAUCUCCAAAGGCGCCAAUGUCAAUGUGGUCGACAAGGAGGGCGAUUCAGCACUGCACUAUGCAGCCUUUGGCAAUCAGCCGGAGACAAUGCGUGUGCUGCUCGAGAAUGGCGCCGCAGUGAAUUUCCUCAACUCCAGCCACUGUUCGGCGCUGCACAUUUGCGCGCACAAGAAGACGCCGCAUUGUGUCCGCGAACUGCUGCAGCACAAUGCGAACGUCAAUAUACAGGACUCUUAUGGUGAUACGGCGUUGCACGAUGCCAUCGGCAAGGAGAACACCGAAGUCGUUGAGCUCCUCUGCAAUGCGCCAAAUUUAGAUUUUACGGUGAAGAACAAUCGCGGCUUCAAUGUGCUGCACCAUGCGGCGCUCAAGGGCAAUGUGGUCGCUGCACGACGCAUCCUUCAGCUCUCCCGUCAACUGGUCAAUGUGCGCAAAGAUGAUGGUUUUGCGGCGCUGCAUCUGGCGGCGCUCAAUGGGCAUGCCCAGGUCGUCGAGACACUGGUCACUGAGGGUCAGGCCGAGCUGGAUAUACGCAACAAUCGACGGCAGACGCCAUUCCUGCUUGCUGUCUCGCAGGGACAUCCGAGCGUUAUCGAGCGCCUCGUCAAGCUGUCGUGUGACAUUAAUGCCAAGGAUGAGGAUGGCGAUAACGCGAUGCAUCUGUGCGUCAUCAAGAAAUCCAAUUUACAGCAAGCUGCAGAGCCAUCCCAAGAGGAUGCGCCCGAAAUUCACAAGUUCUUCGUUAGCCUCGCACAGACGAGUGUGCGCAGCGAGGAUCGCCUGAUGUACAGCGUCCUCAUUUACUUAUCCCGGCACGGCUGUCGCGUCGAGCUGAAUAAUGCCAAUGCCAGCAUCUUCGAGUGGAUCACAGAUCGCAACAUUAGGCAGCUGAUCUUUGGCCAGCAAACGGAGGACUCGGCUGUCACAACGACGACGACGACAUCAACGUCAGAGGCACCGACGCCUCUGCAACGUAAUAUGCAUGCCUUGGACAUAAACCCAGUGGACGAAGGAUUUGUAGUUGUUGGCGAUGCUGGCGAGGAUGCAGCGGCGACCACACUGACGCUACCACCGCCACCAAUGCAGCCCAAGCCCAGUGAGGCAACAACUACAGCUGCCGCCGCUUCUGCUGCUGCUGCUGGACUGCAGCCAUCGCCGGCGAACAAGAAACUCAAUUCGGAUGCCACAUGCAGUGCUGCUUCACCUCAGGUGGCGCCACGCAAAAAAGCACCAAAGCCGCCAGUGCCAACAACAGGAACAACAGCAGUCGACUCAAGUGCAUCUGCAGCUGCAUUGCCGGGCAUAAUCACUGGGCAGUUGGAGUGCAUCGUUUGCAAUGAGCCGCUGCAGCUGGUGCGCUUCGAGCCGUGCCUGCAUCAAAUUGCUUGCGAGGAAUGCAGCAUACGUAUGAAGAAAUGCCUGCGCUGCGGCGUUGCCAUUGAGCGACGUUUGGAUGCCAAUGGCCGGCAAAUCGUUAGCCAACAGUUGUCGUCGACAUCGUCGCCCAGCGACCAGGCGCGUCUGCCUUCUGGUGAUCUGUUGCGCUAUCUGGAGAACAAAGUGCAGGAGUUUGAGGAGUCACACUUUUGUGGCAUUUGCAUGGAACGCAAACGGGAUGUGGCAUUCCUUUGCGGCCACGGGGCCUGCUCUCAUUGUGCCGAAACGUUGCGCACUUGCCACAUGUGCCGCAAGACGAUACUAAAGAAGAUCAACCUGUACUGAGCACCCAGUGCACCCAGCAAUUCGUAACCAAAGUGGCUUGUAUAUAUAAAUACUACAAAAGAUGUUUAAAUUACAUACGCAUAUAUUUUCCGUGGAUAACGUUGCGUGUCGUCAACACCUGAUACCACCAAUUCGAUCCAGCAUCAUGACUUUAUCUUAUCUUUUUUCUUUCAUUGUUUUUAUUUACUUUUUUUUUUGGCAAAUUUACUCCCAUCUUAUUAUUUAUUGAGCACCAGAUUGGAAUUGUUUUCGCGUUUCUGUAAACGAUUUACAUAAGGCAUUAAAUACUACAUGUAAACAAGAAUUGUUGCACUUACCACAUCAACACACCCAUAUACACACACACGCGCACACACAUACUCCUUUACAACCACACGCACACAUGUCAAUAGUUUAUUAGCAUCGUUUAACGACAUCGAAAAACUAAUUAAAAUAUAUUAGAUGUGUAAUAAUGUAAGCAUUUUAAUUGGAAACCCCAGAUCAUUUGAGUUAUUUUGGAGGAUUAUCAGCCAGUUAAAACUCCAGACGCAUUCGAAUUUCCUAGAAGGACUUUCAUUCUUGAUAGUUUGAAUGAAUAUUCCAGCUAGAUUUUCUUCCUUCAUUAAAUAACUUAUUGCCAGUAACCCGAGUCUCUUAUUAUCUGGAACCGCUACACAAAUGUCUAUCAACAAUUAAAAGUUGCAGAUUGUAUAUAAAUUUAAUAUUUAAAAAUGUAUCUUUGUAGAUCCUACUUGUGAAAAUAUUUUUUUAGAUUCUGCUUUCCAUCAAAUUUUAAUAAUUAACUGUUGAAACCUCUCAUUUAUUAGAUGUUUUGAAAUCAUUAAAUGUUAAAUAUGGUAGUUAUAAUCAUGUUGUGUUUGGCCUCUUUUAUAUAAAUUUAAGUUUUUUAAAAUGUGUAAUUAAUUGCGCAUUGUAAACAUCUCUAGAAUGUAGAAACAUAAUUUAUUUACAUAUAUAUUAUUAUGCUAAGUUUGCUUCCAGAUAGUGUGUCUAACCGAACCAUCGAAUCGAGUAAAGUCCUGCCGGCAAAGGGUGCAUUUAACAAUCGAA